UUUUAAUAUUAAAUCCACUAUAAUAACUAUAAAUCUUAGUUUAAAUUUAUGGUUUAUAUAUCUAUUGAUUAAAAUAAUUAAAAGACUAUUAAAAAAAUAACCUAAAAAUAAUAAAAAAGCAAAACAAAAAAAAGUUAAUUGGAUAAAGCUAUGAAUAAUAUGAUUAACGGUGAUGCUGAUGAUGCAUAAGACUUUAGUAAUGAAAAAGAAUAAUAAGGAAAUUCAAAUAUGAUGAGCGGAAAGGAAGGUUACAUACCAUCUCAGAAUGAAGAUUAAGAAGGUUAAGAAGAAGGAGUAAUUAAAUCACCUGAACCUAAACAAAAUGGAAAAGCUAACUAGAAACAAACAGACAAACCAUUACAAGAUUCAAAAACUGGAGGAGCAACAAAUAAUAAAAAUAAUUAAAACUCUCCUUUAAACGCUUCCAAGUAAGGAACACAGGCAGCUAGUGGUAAAGCAGGAGCUAAAAGUAAUAAUAAUGAUAAUAAAAAUAAAAAUACUAAUAACAGCAAAAAUGCGAGUUAAAAUGAAGAACCAAAUUAUGCUGAGAUUAGCGCUUAAUAGUAAUUAGAAGAUGGUGUUGGUGAUUAUGAUUAUGAAGAAGAAAAUGCAGCAGAUGAUAAAUAAAAAGACAAAUAAUAAGUAGAAUAAAUGAGAAAAGAAGUAAUUACUUUAAGGGCUGUCAUUAAAGACAAGGACAACUAAAUUAACAAACUUCAAUCAGAAAUAAGCCGCUUAAAAAAAGCUCAGAGCAACUCAAUUGUCUAACCACCUUCUGAUAAUAGUAGAGAUAGAAGCAAUUAUUAUUCAGAGAAUUCCAGAUCUCCUAAAAACAACAACCCAUAUGAAUAAAAUUGGAAUAAUUCUGAUUCUAUUGAUCAUUUUUCUAUGGCUCAAAAAUAAAACAAAAAAUCCAGUCUUGAUAAUGUGGUAAGUCCAAGCUCUCUGUGGAUCAAUCAAAGUGAAAGGUUUGAGCCCCCUUAAAAAAAAUAUGACCUCUCACAGAGUUAGCAUUCCUACUAGCCUAGUAAUAAUUAUAGCAACUUGUUUUCAACUCCUUAAUUGCAAAGCAAUAAAAACUAUAACUAACCUGUAGAUUGGUCACUAAACUAAGACUAUAACGAAGUAGCUUCUGCAAAUAGAGGGUACAGCAACAGUUUAAGUGGAAAUAGCGGUAAUAUGUACACCUCACCAUCAUCAAACCUUUUUAGUAAUCCUAAAAGCCAAUAUUAACCUUAGUUGAUGAAUCUGAAUUCUAGGAAUUAACCUAACUCAGCAAACAAUGGAUACUCUAUGAAGUACUAUAACAAUCAUGGAGAUUCGAGUCCAAUAAUAAAAUAAAACCAAAAUAAUAACUCCCCACUUCAUUCACACAACUAAUAUGAUUAGUUGCUUAAUCAUAAGCAAACCUUAGUAAACUAAAAAUUGAAUAAUUAGAAAGGAUAUCUCCAGAACUUUGGUUCCAAUGCCAACUCCUAACCUAAUUAUUCAAGCAAUAACCAAAGCUAUUCACCAAAUUAUGGAAAUUCUAAUAGUUACUCAUCAAACUACAAUAAUCCUAAUCAAGGUUCACUUGGUAAUUAUCUAUCUAACCAUAACAAUCAUAACUUAUAGUAAAGUUAUGGGUAAAAUAAUAACUACUCUCAAAGUCAUAGUAUGAGCCCAUAUGGAUCUAAUAGCAACAAUUUAGCAAAACAAAUGAUCCCAAGCAAUGGUUACAGCAAUAAGAUGAUGGGUUAUAACAACAGAAGAAACCAAUGAAAAGAAUUAUAAAAUUUAGAUUGAUCUAUGAAAAAUUAUAACAACCAACAAAUCAAUAAAUAAAUCAAUCAAUCAACCACAAAUACUAACUAAAAAUAUAUAUUAUAAAAUAAAUAUUAAUUGUUUCAUGAUGACAAUUUUAUUUGUUAUAUUUUUGUAUUAUGCUUUAUUAAUUUACCAACUAUUUCAAUAAA